AUAAUACCAAUAUGUAAGUCGAUCAACCUCUUCACACUCCAGCCAAAAAAAACUGCACCUUCAAAGUCGAUGGCAGACCAGAUGGAGAAGGGUAUAUUACAUCGCUCCUAUAUAAGUUAUUUGAACAAGAAUGAUUCCAAAUUCGGCAUCAUCGUCAUCUAGGAAUGGUGGGGUUUGAAUGAAUCAAUGGUCAAAACCACUGACAAACUUGCCCAGAAAGGCUUCCAAUGCAUCUCUCCAGACAUAUACAGAGGAAAGGUUGCACAAAAUAGAGAAGUAUCAUUUCUUUGUUCUAGAAUAAUCCCAGGAAGCUGGCCAUCUUCUUAGUGGAUUAGAUUGGGAAGGAGCAGUAAGAGACAUUGAAGGAGCAGCAAAACAUUUAAAAGAGCUUGGAUGCACUAAGGUCGGUGUUACAGGGUUCUGUAUGGGUGGAGCUUUAGCAAUUGCAUCCAUCUCAUUCUCUAAUUCAAUUGAUGCAUCAGCUCCUUUCUAUGGGGUGUGUGAUUUGAACACCUUCAAAUUGGAUAACAUCCAAGGACCUAUCUAUGGUCAUUUUGGAGAGAAGGACGAAAUGAAAGGAUUUUCAUCACCAGACGAUGCUCAAAGAUUAGUUGAAGCUGGACAGAAGGCAGGAAAAGAUGUCACAGUCAAGUAACGAUGAAUUGCUAUUUCAUAAUAGAGUUUGGCCAGGUGUAGGACAUGCCUUCAUGAAUCAAGAUAGACCAGAGGCUUAUAAUGUGGAAACAGCACAAUAAGCUUUAGAUGAAGUGACAGCUUGGUUUAGAAAGGUAUUCACAUAAUGAUAUAUUUAUUAUUAACAGAGUCAUUAUUUGUUUAUCAAUCUAAUUUAUACA